AGAACGUGGACAUUGUAGCUAGGUAACAAAUCUCAAUGGAGAAAUUUGGAAUAUGCAUUAUUUAUUUAUUCCUUCUUUUGGUUCUUAAUAAACAACUAUAUUCCAAUGCUUUUAGUAGCAGUAUGAUGGAUGAAGAGGCAUUAGAGGAAGGCCACAAUAAUGUAGAAAAAUCUAUCACAGAUCAUGGGAGUGACAUGUGGGACUUAGAAGAUGAUGAAUGGCAAAUGGUGCAAAAGAAAGGAAACCAAUUUGUGGUGAACGAUCAACCUUUCUAUGUAAAUGGAUUCAACACAUACUGGUUGAUGGUGUUUGCUGCUGAUGAGUCCACCAGAGGCAAAGUCACUGAGGUGUUCAAACAAGCUUCCUCAGUUGGUAUGACAGUUUGUAGGACUUGGGCAUUCAAUGAUGGCCAAUGGAAGGCCCUACAGAAAUCCCCUUCAGUUUAUGAUGAAGAUGUCUUCAAGGCCUUGGACUUUGUGGUAAGUGAAGCAAAGAAAUACAAAAUAAGGCUGAUAUUAUCAUUGGCUAACAAUUGGGAAGCAUAUGGUGGCAAAGCACAAUAUGUGAAAUGGGGCAAAGAUGCUGGCCUUAACUUGACCAUUGAUGAUGACUUCUUCUCACAUCCAACCCUUAGAAGCUACUACAAGUCCCAUGUUAAGACUGUGCUCAAUAGAGUUAAUACAUUGACAAAUAUCACUUACAAGGAAGAUCCUACCAUUUUUGCCUGGGAAUUGAUGAAUGAGCCUAGAUGCACCUCAGAUUCCACAGGUGAUAAGUUACAGGACUGGAUACAAGAAAUGGCAUUCCAUGUGAAGAAAAUUGAUCCAAAACACCUAGUAGAGGUUGGACUAGAAGGAUUUUAUGGACCCUCAACACCUCAGAGACUUCAGUUCAAUCCAAAUACAUAUGCUCAACAGGUUGGAACUGAUUUUAUCAGGAAUCAUCAGGUUCUUGGUGUGGACUUUGCUUCUGUUCACAUGUAUGCUGACUCUUGGAUUUCAACACAAAUUGCUGAUACUCAUCUCCCAUUUGUAAAAUCUUGGAUGGAAGCUCACAUAGAGGAUGCAGAAAAGUAUCUUGGAAUGCCAGUUAUUUUUUCCGAGUUUGGUAUAUCUUCAAAAGAUCCUGGCUACAAUUCAACAUAUAGAGACACAUUAAUAAACACUGUGUAUAGUUCCAUCCUAAACUCCACAAAGAAAGGAGGGAGUGGAGCUGGAAGCCUUUUGUGGCAGGUCUUUCCUGAAGGAACAGAUAAUAUGGAUGAUGGUUAUGCAAUUGUUCUCUCAAAAUCACCUUCCACCUCAAGUAUUGUUUCCCUUCAAUCCUAUAGGCUUGGUUUAUUCAACUCCUUGUGUUCUUCCAAAUGCCAAUGGAGUUGUAAGAAGAAGAAAAUGUUGGAUAAGAUACUCUAUCAUGAUGAACUCUAAUACAUGUAAAGUUUCCAAUUAUAAAUUUAUGGCCAUAUAAAACCAUGCAUGUAUAAUUAUAUGAUUUUCCAUAUCAUUAUGUUUGUAUUAACUAACUUCAAUUAUGUGUUUAGUUUGUAUGAACUAUCUUAAUAUAGAAGCAUGCUACAACAUUCUUCACUGUUUA